CUAGUCAACAGAAAGCUCGCUUCUCCGCCCUUAAAUUCGCCAUCUCCAUGGAGCUCUUCUCAUGAAUGAAAUGGAAUCCCAUUAUGUUUUCAGGCUUCUCGUACUUCUCCUCACUCUCCGGGCCGCCAUUUCCGAAAUAUUCUUCGAAGAGCGUUUCGACGAUGGAUGGAAAGAGAAAUGGGUAAUAUCCGAUUGGAAGAGGAGCGAAGAUAAAGCUGGGAGCUUUAAACACUCGGCUGGCAACUGGAAUGGUGACCCCGAUGACAAAGGCAUUGUAACAUACCCUGAUGCAAAGCACUAUGCCAUAUCUGCAAAGAUUCCAGAAAUAAAUAACAAGAAUAAGACUCUCGUGGUUCAGUAUUCAGUCCGGUUUGAGCAGGAGAUUGAAUGUGGCGGUGGAUAUAUUAAGCUUCUCUCUGGUUAUGUCAACCAGAAAAAUUUUGGAGGUGAUACACCAUACAGUCUUAUGUUCGGUCCUGACAUCUGUGGUACACAGACAAAGAAGAUCCAUGCUAUAGUUUCCUAUCAAGGGCAAAAUUAUCCAAUUAAAAAGGAGUUAGAAUGUGAAACUGACAAGCUCACUCAUUUUUACACAUUCAUUAUAAGGCCAGAUGCAACGUACAGUAUCCUUAUUGAUAACCGUGAGAGAGAGUCUGGGAGCCUGUACCAGGACUGGGACAUCCUUCCUCCUCGGAAGAUCAAAGAUAUUCAUGCAAAAAAGCCUGCUGAUUGGGAUGAUAAUGAGUAUAUUGAAGACCCUAAUGAUGUGAAACCAGAGGGAUAUGAUAAUAUUCCAGCUGAGAUUCCAGAUCCGAAGGCUAAAAAGCCUGCUGAUUGGGAUGAUGAAGAGGAUGGAAUAUGGAAACCAGCAAAGAUACCAAAUAGAGCAUUUAAGGGACCAUGGAAGCACAAGAAAAUUAAGAACCCCAACUACAAGGGGAAGUGGAAAAUUCCAUGGAUUGAUAACCCAGAGUUUGAAGAUGAUCCCGACCUCUAUGUGUUGAGGCCGAUUAAAUAUGUCGGUAUCGAAGUAUGGCAGGUCAAAGCUGGUUCAGUGUUUGACAACAUUUUGAUAUGUGAUGAUCCACAAUAUGCAAAAGAAGUUGUGGAUGAAAUAUGGAAACAUAGGGAGGCUGAAAAGGAGGCAUUUGAAGAGGCAGAGAAAGUGAGACGAGCUCAUGAAGAAGAGGAAGCUAAAAGAGCAAGAGAGGAAGGUGAGAAGAGAAGAAGAGAGAGGGAUCACCGUUACAAGCGCCGGAGAAGGCAUAAUCCACGUGAUUAUGACUACUACCAUGAUGAGCUUUGAGAUCUGCUGCAAUGAUUUUCUGGAAAUGAGGGACUGUUUCGAGGCAUAUAUGGACGUUUUUGGUGUUCUUUGUCUGCGGGUUUAGGCUCUUCUGAUGAUGCUUCAUCCCCUCAUUUUACAUAUUUAAAAUGGUCUGUGAUUAUUGUUGUGACAUUAAAAUGGAUUUGUAGUUAUUGUAAAAUGAAAGUAAUAAUAAGAAGAGUAAUCUGCAUUUGUAUGUACUUGCCAAUGCCAAAAGAGGGUUUUGAUUUUGCAAACUCUAUAGGUAGAACUUUAGAUGUAUUUUUUAAAUACUACACAAACUUUAUUUUUAAAUUCUACAGAAAUUCUUAAAUAAGAUGAAUUGAAAACAAUUUCAAUCAAGACAUUGUAAACUG